CAGCCCGGACAGAGGGAACUCAGCAUGGACAGAGGGAUUUCAGCUCGGACAGAGGGAGCUCAGCCCAGACAGAGGGAGUUUAUCACGGACAGAGGGAGUUCAGCACGGACGGAGGGAGUUCAGCACGAACAGUGGAAGCUCAGCACGGACAGAGGGAGCUUGGCACGGACAGUAGAAGCUCGGCAUGGACAGAGGGAACUCAGCCUGGACAGUGGAAGAUCAGCCCGGACAGUGGAAGCUGAGCAUGGACAGAGGGAACUCAGCAUGGACAGAGGGAGUUCAGCUCGGACAGAGGCAGCUCAGCCUAGGCAGAGGGAGUUUAUCACAGACAGAGGGAGCUCAGCACGGACAGAGGGAGCUCAGCCCGAACAGUGGAAGCUCAGCACGGACAGAGGGAGCUCAACACGGACAGUAAGCUCAGCACAGACAGAGAGAGCUCAGCAGGGACAGAGGGAGCUCAGCAUAGACAGAGGGAGCUCAGCCUGAACACAGGGAGCUUGGCACGGACAGUAGAAGCUCAGCACAGACAGAGGGAGCUUAGCACGGACAGAGGGAGCUCAACACGAACAGUGGGAGCUCGGCACGGACAGAGGGAGCUCAGCCUGGACAGUGGAAGCUCAGCCCAGACAGUGGAAGCUCAGCACGGACAGAGGGAACUCAGCCUGGAGAGUGGAAGCUCAGUCCGGACAGUGGAAGCUCAGCAUGGACAGAGGGAACUCAGCAUGGACAGAGGGAGUUCAGCUCGGACAGAGGGAGCUCAGCCCAACCAGAGGGAGUUUAUCACGGACAGAGGGAGUUCAGCACGGACAGAGGGAGAUCAACACGGACAGAGGGAGUUCAGCACGGACAGAGGGAGUUCAGCACGGACAGAGGGAGUUUGGCACGGAAAGAGGGAGCUUGGCACGGACAGCUGAAGCACGGCACGGACAGAGGGAGCUCAUCACGGACAGUGUAAACUCAGCACAGACAGUAGAAGCUCAGCACAGACAGAGGGAGCUUGGCAAGGACAGAGGGAGCUCAGCCUGGACAGUGGAAGCUCAGCCCUGACAGUGGAAGCUUAGCACGGACAGAGGGAACUCAGCCUGGACAGUGGAAGCUCAGCCCGGACAGUGGAAGCUCAGCAUGGACACAGGGAACUCAGCAUGGACAGAGGGAGCUCAGCCCAGACAGAGGGAGUUUAUCACGGACGGAGGGAGUUCAGCACGAACAGAGGGAGCUCAGCCCGAACAGUGGAAGCUCAGCCCGGACAGUGUAAGCUCAGCACGGACAGAGGGAACUCAGCAUGGACAGAAGGAGCUCAGCCGAGACAGAGGGAGUUUAUCACGGACAGAGGGAGUUCAGCACGAACAGAGGGAGCUCAGCCUGGACAGUGGAAGCUCAGCCCGGACAGUGGAAGCUCAGCACGGACAGAGGGAACUCAGCCUGGACAGUGGAAGCUCAGCCCGGACAGUGGAAGCUCAGCAUGGACAUAGGGAACUCAGCUUGGACAGAGGGAGCUCAGACCAGACAGAGGGAGUUUAUCAUGGACAGAGGGAGUUCAGCACGAACAUAGGGAGCUCAGCCCGAACAGUGGAAGCUCAGAAUGGACAUAGGGAGCUCGGCACGAACAGCUGAAGCACGGCACGGACAGAGGGAGCUCAACACGGACAGUGUAAGCUCAGCACAGACAGAGAGAGCUCAGCAUGGACAGAGGGAGCUCAGCCUGAACAGAGGGAGCUUGGCACGGACAGUAGAAGCUCAGCACAGACACAGGGAGCUUACCACUGACAGAGGGAGCUCAACACAAACAGUGGGAGCUCGGCACGGACAGAGGGAGCUCAGCCUGGACAGAGGGAGCACAGCCUGGACAGUGGAAGCUCAGCACAGACAUAGGGAACUCAGCCUGGACAGUGGAAGCUCAGCCCGGACAGUGGAAGCUCAGCAUGGACAGAGGGAACUCAGCAUGGACAGAGGGAGUUCAGCUCGGACAGAGGGAGCUCAGCCCAGACAGAGGGAGUUUAUCACGGACACAGGGAGUUUAUCACGGACAGAGGGAGUUCAGCACGGACAGAGGGAGUUCAGCACGGACAGAGGGAGCUCGGCACGGACAGAGGGAGCUUGGCACGGACAGUAGAAGCUCGGCAUGGACACAGGGAACUCAGCCUGGACAGUGGAAGCUCAGCAUGGACGGAGGGAACUCAGCAUGGACAGAGGGAGUUCAGCUCGGACAGAGGGAGCUCAGCCCAGACAGAUGGAGUUUAUCACGGACAGAGGGAGUUCAGCACGGACGGAGGGAGUUCAGCACGAACAGUGGAAGCUCAGCACGGACAGAGGGAGCUUGGCACGGACAGUAGAAGCUAGGCAUGGACAGAGGGAACUCAGCCUGGACAGUGGAAGAUCAGCCCGGACAGUGGACGCUCAGCAUGGACAGAGGGAACUCAGCAUGGACAGAGGGAGUUCAGCUUGGACAUAGGGAGCUCAGCCUAGACAGAGGGAGUUUAUUACGGACAGAGGGAGCUCAGCACGGACAGAGGGAGCUCAGCCCGAACAUUGGAAGCUCAGCACGGACAGAGGGAGCUCAACACGGACAGUAAGCUCAGCACAGACAGAGAGAGCUCAGCAUGGACAGAGGGAGCUCAGCCUGAACAUAGGGAGCUUGGCACGGACAGUAGAAGCUCAGCACGGACAUAGGGAGCUUAGCACGGACAGAUGGAGCUCAACACGAACAGUGGGAGCUCGGCACGGACAGAGUGAGCUCAGCCUGGACAGUGGAAGCUCAGCCCAGACAGUGGAAGCUCAGCACGGACAGAGGGAACUCAGCCUGGAGAGUGGAAGCUCAGCCCGGACAGUGGAAGCUCAGCAUGGACAUAGGGAGUUCAGCUCAGACAGAGGGAGCUCAGCCCAACCAUAGGGAGUUUAUCACGGACAGAGGGAGUUCAGCACGGACAGAGGGAGCUCAACACGGAUAGAGGGAGUUCAGCACGGACAGAGGGAGCUUGGCACGGAAAGAGGGAGCUUGGCACGGACAGUAGAAGCUCAGCAUGGACAGAGGGAGCUUAGCACGGACAGAGGGAGCUCAGCACGGACAGAGGGAGCUCAGCACGGACAGAGGGAGCUCGGCACGGACAGAUGGAGCUCAGCCCGAACAGUGGAAGCUCAGCAUGGACAUAGGGAGUUUGGCAUGGACAUAGGGAGCUUGGCAUGGACAGAGGGAUCUCGGCACGAACAGCUGAAGCACGGCACGGACAGAGGGAGCUCAGCACAGACAGAGAGAGCUCAGCAUGGAGAGAGGGAGCUCAGCCUGAACAGAGGGAGCUUGGCACGGACAGUAGAAGCUCAGCACAGACAGAGGGAGCUUAGCACGGACAGAGGGAGCUCGACACGAACAUUGGGAGCUCGACACGGACAGAGGGAGCUCAGCCUGGACAGUGAAAGCUCAGCCCGGACAGUGGAAGCUCAGCACGGACAGAGGGAACUCAGCCUGGACAGUGGAAGCUCAGCCUGGACAGUGGAAGCUCAGCAUGGACACAGGGAACUCAGCAUGGACAGAGGGAGUUCAGCUCGGACAGAAGGAGCUCAGCCCAGACAGAGGGAGUUUAUCACGGACAGAGGGAGUUCAGCACGGACAGAGGGAGUUCAGCACGGACAGAGGGAGUUCAGCACGGACAGAGGGAGCUUGGCACGGACAGAGGGAGCUUGGCAUGGACAGUAGAUGCUCGGCAUGGACAUAGGGAGCUCAGCACAGACAGAGGGAGCUCAGCACGGACAGAGGGAGCUCGGCACGGACAGAGGGAGCUCAGCCCGAACAGUGGAAGCUCAGCACCGACAGAGGGAGUUUGGCACGGACAGAGCGAGCUUGGCACGGACAGAGGGAGCUUGGCACGUACAGAGGGAGCUUGGCACGGACAGUAGAUGCUCGGCAUGGACAGAGGGAGCUCAGCACGGACAGAGAGAGCUCAGCACGGACAGAGGGAGCUCGGCACGGACAGAUGGAGCUCAGCCUGAUUAGUGGAAGCUCAGCACCGACAGAGGGAGUUUGGCACGGACAGAGGGAGCUUGGCACGGACAGUGGAAGCUCGGCACGGACAGUGGAAGCUCGGCAUAGACAGAGGGAGCUCGGCACGAACAGCUGAAGCACGGCACGGACAGAGGGAGCUCAACACGGACAGUGUAAGCUCAGCACAGACAGAGAGAGCUCAGCAUGGACAGAGGGAGCUCAGCCUGAACAGAGGGAGCUUGGCACGGACAGUAGAAGCUCAGCACGGACAGAGGGAGCUUGGCAUGGACAGAGGGAGCUCGGCACGAACAGCUCAAGCACGGCACAGACAGAGGGAGCUCAACACCGACAGUGUAAGCUCAGCACAGACAUAGAGAGCUCAGCAUGGAGAGAGGGAGCUCAGCCUGAACAGAGGGAGCUUGGCACGGACAGUGGAAGCUCAGCAUGGACACAGGGAACUCAGCAUGGACAGAGGGAGUUCAGCUCGGAUAGAGGGAGCUCAGCCCAGACAGAGGUAGUUUAUCACGGACAGAGGGAGUUCAGCACGGACAGAGGGAGCUUGGCACGGACAGAGGGAGCUUGGCACGUACAGUAGAUGCUCGGCAUGGACAGAGGGAGCUCAGCACAGACAGAGGCAGCUCAGCACGGACAGAGGGAGCUCGGCACGGACAGAGGGAGCUCAGCCCGAACAGUGGAAGCUCAGCACUGACAGAGGGAGUUUGGCACGGACAGAGGGAGCUUGGCACGGACAGAGGGAGCUUGGCACGGACAGAGGGAGCUUAGCACGGACAGAUGGAGCUCAUCACAAACAGUCUGAGCUCGGCACGGACAGAUGGAGCUCAGCCUGGACAGUGGAAGCUCAGCCCAGACAGUGGAAGCUCAGCACGGACAGAGGGAACUCAGCCUGGAGAGUGGAAGCUCAGCCCGGACAGUGGAAGCUCAGCAUGGACAUAGGGAACUCAGCAUGGACAGAGGGAGUUCAGCUCGGACAGAGGGAGCUCAGCCUAACCACAGGGAGUUUAUCACGGACAGAGGGAGUUCAGCACGGACAGAGGGAGCUCAACACGGACAGAGGGAGUUCAGCACGGACAGAGGGAGUUCAGCACGGACAUAGGGAGCAUGGCACGGAAAGAGGGAGCUUGGCACGGACAGUAGAAGCUCAGCAUGGACAGAGGGAGCUUAGCACGGACAGAUGGAGCUCAGCACGGACAGAGGGAGCUCAGCACGGACAGAGGGAGCUCGGCACGGACAGACGAAGCUCAGCCCAAACAGUGGAAGCUCAGCAUGGACAGAGGGAGUUUGGCAUGGACAGAGGGAGCUCGGCACGGACAGACGAAGCUCAGCCCAAACAGUGGAAGCUCAGCAUGGACAAAGGGAGUUUGGCAUGGACACAGGGAGCUUGGCAUGGACAGAGAGAGCUCAGCAUGGAGAUAGGGAGCUCAGCCUGAACAGAGGGAGCUUGGCACGGACAGUAGAAGCUCAGCACAGACAGAUGGAGCUUAGCACGGACAGAGGGAGCUCGACACGAACAGUGGGAGCUCGACACGGACAGAGUGAGCUCAGCCUGGACAGUGGAAGCUCAGCCCGGACAGUGGAAGCUCAGCACGGACAGAGGGAACUCAGCCUGGACAGUGGAAGCUCAGCCUGGACAGUGGAAGCUCAGCACAGACAGAGAGAGCUCAGCAUGGAGAUAGGGAGCUCAGCCUGAACAGAGGGAGCUUGGCACGGACAGUGGAAGCUUAGCACGGACAGAGGGAACUCAGCCUGGACAGUGGAAGCUCAGCCCGGACAGUGGAAGCUCAGCAUGGACAGAGGGAACUCAGCAUGGACAGAGGGAGCUCAGCCCAGACAGAGGGAGUUUAUCACGGACGGAGGGAGUUCAGCACGAACAGAGGGAGCUCAGCCCGAACAGUGGAAGCUCAGCCCGGACAGUGUAAGCUCAGCACGGACAUAAGGAACUCAGCAUGGACAGAAGGAGCUCAGCCGAGACAGAGGGAGUUUAUCACGGACAGAGGGAGUUCAGCACGAACAGAGGGAGCUCAGCCUGGACAGUGGAAGCUCAGCCCGGACAGUGGAAGCUCAGCAUGGACAGAGGGAACUCAGCUUGGACAGAGGGAGCUCAGCCCAGACAGAGGGAGUUUAUCACGGACAGAGGGAGUUCAGCACGAACAUAGGGAGCUCAGCCCGAACAGUGGAAGCUCAGAAUGGACAGAGGGAGCUCGGCACGAACAGCUGAAGCACGGCACGGACACAGGGGGCUCAACACGGACAGUGUAAGCUCAGCACAGACAGAGAGAGCUCAGCAUGGACAGAGGGAGUUCAGCACGGACAGAAGGAGUUCAGCACGGACAGAGGGAGCUUGGCACGGAAAGAGGGAGCUUGGCACGGACAGUAGAAGCUCGGCAUGGACAGAGGGAGCUUAGCACGGACAGAGGGAGCUCAGCCCGAACAGUGGAAGCUCAGCAUGGACAGAGGGAGUUUGGCACGGACAGAGGGAGCUUGGCAUGGACAGAGGGAGCUCGGCACGAACAGCUGAAGCAUGGCACGGACAGAGGGAGCUCAACACGGACAGUGUAAGCUCAGCACAGACAGAUAGAGCUCAGCAUGGAGAUAGGGAGCUCAGCCUGAACAGAGGGAGCUUGGCACGGACAGUAGAAGCUCAGCACAGACAGAGGGAGCUUAGCACGGACAGAGGGAGCUCAACACGAACAGUGGGAGCUCGACACGGACUGAGGGAGCUCAGCCUGGACAGUGGAAGCUCAACCCGGACAGUGGAAGCUCAGCACGGACAGAGGGAACUCAGCCUGGACAGUGGAAGCUCAGCCCGGACAGUGGAAGCUCAGCAUGGACACAGGGAACUCAGCAUGGACAGAGGGAGUUCAGCUCGGACAGAGGGAGCUCAGCCCAGACAGAGGGAGUUUAUCACGGACAGAGGGAGUUCAGCACGGACAGAGGGAGUUCAGCACGGCAGAGGGAGUUCAGCACGGACAAAGGGAGCUUGGCACGGACAGAGGGAGCUUGGCACGGACAGUAGAUGCUCGGCAUGGACAGAGGGAGCUCAGCACUGACAGAGGGAGCUCAGCACGGACAGAGGGAGCUCGGCACGGACAGAGGGAGCUCAGCCCGAACAGUGGAAGCUCAGCACGGACAGAGGGAGUUUGGCACGGACAGAGGGAGCUUGGCAUGGACAGUGGAAGCUCGGCACGGACAGUGGAAGCUCAGCACGGACAGUGGAAGCUCGGCAUGGACAGAGGGAGCUCGGCACGAACAGCUGAAGCACGGCACGGACAGAGGGAGCUCAACACGGACAGUGUAAGCUCAGCACAGACAGAGAGAGCUCAGCAUGGACAGAGGGAGCUCAGCCUGAACAGAGGGAGCUUGGCACGGACAGUAGAAGCUCAGCACAGACAGAGGGAGCUUAGCACGGACAGAGGGAGCUCAACACGAACAGUGGGAGCUCGGCACGGACAGAGGGAGCUCAGCCUGGACAGUGGAAGCUCAGCCCGUACAGUGGAAGCUCAGCACGGACAGAGGGAACUCAGCCUGGACAGUGGAAGCUCAGCCCGGACAGUGGAAGCUCAGCAUGGACAGAGGGAACUCAGCAUGGACAAAGGGAGUUCAGCUCGGACAGAGGGAGCUCAGCCCAGACAGAGGGAGUUUAUCACGGACAGAGGGAGUUCAGCACGGACAGAGGGAGUUCAGCACGGACAGAGGGAGUUCAGCAUGUACAGAGGGAACUCAGCAUGGACAGAGGGAGUUCAGCUCGGACAGAGGGAGCUCAGCCCAGACAGAGGGAGUUUAUCACGGACAGAGGGAGUUCAGCACGGAUAGAGGGAGUUCAGCACGGACAGAGGGAGUUCAGCACGGACAGAGGGAGUUCAAUCAGCGGGAACUCGAACGCAGCAAAGAGCGCUGAAUUGUCCAUUGGGGAGGCUGGGAUGGUGAAGUUGCUGGAGGACCGCUCCCUCACUUGGGAAGUGGGUACUGCUGAUAUCAAACAGACUUGCUUGCCUGCCUGCCUGUUUCCAAAAGGAACAUUCUCUCAACAAAAGUGGCUGGAGCCCAGUGCUCGGACUGGUGUCCUUCUUCGGCGCAAAUCAACCGCAUCACUGGUUACGCCAUCAGAACAUUACUACCACCAGGUUACACUUACCUGAAAAAAGCCAGGAGCACUGGUCGUGGAGAAGGCUUGGCAGUUAUUUACCACACAGACCUGCAACUGUCCCCUCUUCCUCUUCCCAAGCUGUCCACAUUUGACUGCCUCUUAUUCAAAUAUGUGUCAAAAAUGACUACAACAAUAUUACUUGUCUACCGAACCCCCAAACCCAACCCAGGCUUUAUCACAGAAAUACAGGACCUGCUGACAUUGACUUUGUGCAACAACAUCCAGAGAUGUUAACAUCCACAUGGACUCACCCACAAGUCAAUCUUGACAUUCUUGACUGUGUGCACCUUAAGCAGCAUAUUAAUGUGCCCAAACACAAUAAGGGGCGUACACUUGACCUGCAAUAUGGAAAUAUGGGCAUUUCCGAUCAAAAUGUCAUCUCCAUGGAGCUGUAUUUAACAUGCUUACACUCCAAACCUAAACGUCUAAUCCAGUUCAGAAACCUGAAAAAUAUCAAUCCUGCCACUCUGUCAGGAUAUGAAGGAACUGUCAACUACUUCACACUUUACAUCACUUAAUGACUAUUAUAAUUAUGGCCUUCACAACAUCCUUGAGUCCCAUGCCCCACGAAAACCAAGAACAGUCUCCUUCUCCAGAUGAGCCCUGUGGUUCACUGAUGAGCUGCGGAGAAUGAAGACAGCUGGACGUGUCCUUGAGCGCUGCUAUAUUUCCCCAGACCUGUUUAAAAAGGCCUAUUCUAAAGAUCUAGCCACAGCUCUUGUGGAAUUCUUGAGAAUUCUACUCUCACAUAAUUGGCAAUAAUUCUGGAAACUCAAGACUGUUUUCUACAAUAAGUCACUUACUGAAACCCCAAAUGCACACAUGCAGUGACUAUACAGAAGAGAUCUGUGAAAGGGUAAGACAUUCUUCUCCAACAAGGUAAAAUCCAUCCGCUCUGCCUUACCAUUUCAAUCACCUUCCACACCUUCACCAGUGAUACAGACUCCAGAGCCAGUGACCGUACUUUCUUACUUCACUGACACCACACAGGUGGAGGAAUAUAUUCAGAAAAUGAGGCCCUCCACAUGUUCACUUGAUCCUCUUCCAACUGCACUAAUAAAAGCAAAUAAAGUUAUUAGCCCACUCAUCACUGCACUAAUAAAUAAACCACUGCAAACUGGCCAAGUCCCCCGGUCCUAAAAACUGCUCUCAUUCUUCCACACUUGAAAAACUCUCACUAGAUCCUGAAAACCUGAGAAACUACAGAACCAUCUCCAACCCAGCCCAGCUUCGUCACAGCCUUCAUACACAUAACCUGUAUAAGACUUUUCAAUCUGGUUUCUGCUCUGCACACAGCACAGAGACAGCCCUGGUCAGAGUUACCAAUGACCUGCUGAUGGCUGCUGACCAGGGCCCCCCGUCACUCCUCAUACUCCUGGAUCUCUCCGCCGCUUUCAAUACUGUGGAUCAUAAGAUCCAUAACAUCAUAACAUCCACCAUAGUCUGUCUCUCUGGGACCAUCCUCCAAUGGUUCCAGUCAUACCUCACCGACAAAGCUGAGUAUGUGACCCUGGGGAAAGCCAGGUCAACUCCCCACACUGUCUCCUGUGGGGUCCCUUAAGGGUCAGUGCUUGGAUCAGUACUGUUUACUGUCUACAUGCUCCCUCUGGACCACAUUAUCAGGAAACAUGGACUACCAUUUCACUCCAAUGCGGACGACAGCCAGCUGUAUCUAAAAACAGAUCCCAUCUUCACCCCAUCUAUUAAGGCAUGGAUGUCAAAGAACUUCCUUCAGUUAAACAGCAGCAAAACAGAACAUCCUCAUAGAUACAGCUCUAGCCAGCAAUAUAUUUUUGUUUUAAAAAAACAUGUCAAGUAUUUUUCAAGUUUACAUCGCAAAAUUCAGGAAUAUUGUUUUCCCCUUAUAAAUCAUUAAUCUGUGCAAAAUAAUAUGUCAACAUUAUUUGUCCCCUAUUCAAACACUCUAACUAUGGAACAAAACUAUUUUAAAAAACUAACACACCAUUUCUCUGAUGUCAUGAGAACAAACUAACAUACACUAUGGCCCGGUCCCAUUUCUUUUUUGUACCCCUACCUCUAGUUUGGAGUGUAUUUUUCACCUUAGGACAGAGUUACAAGGGGAAAGGGUGAAAUCCUGCCCCAUAAAAUUGGGACGACCCUUUAACCUCCAGAUACAGAUAUAGCUAUAGCAGUGGAGUGCUAAAGUUCAACAACCUAGCUUCAGAAAGGGGUCAGGUGGUGCUGCAAAUAAUUAU